UUCUGGACAGAACGGGUGAUGGCCACUUCCUGUCCAAAAAUUUGGGCCGAUCGCAUCUGAUAGGAUCAUCAAGGCAGGCGCUACAAGAAAUCUCAUUCAAUAUAGGGUCACAGCCAUCAUCGAGCCCAAGCG